AUUCUUUAUUUUUCUAUUACCGAAUGACCUAAACGGUACAAAUUGUUUUAAAUUAAAUAUCUACCGACGUGUGGAUAAAUAUAUAUAUGUAUAUUUAAAAAAAAUCUCAAAAACAAACAAAUUAGUAAACCGUUAACAGUUACCUUUUACAGCUUACCGCCGCGGCAGCAACGCGGCUUCUGCGUCUCUUGCUUCGUGUCACAGUCUUCACACUUUCUCCCUCUCCUUCAACCGACAUCGCCAUUUCUUUCCUUAAUUGCUAAGAUCUUCCAAAAAUAUCACACCAUAUCAUCACCUCAAUUUCAAGAUAUCCCAACUAUGUCUUCAAACACUCCUAAAUCUCUCUAUCCAGAAGUUCCCCUAACCAACCCAGAAUCCAACUCUCCAUUCAUCCCCAAUAACUCUUCUUCAUCCUCUUCCAUGUAUCCGACAAUCCAGAUGAAUGAAUUAGCUGAGAAUCUGUUUCCUGAGACCGACGAAGAAGAAAUCCCCAAAAGAGGGGCGCCGAAUCAACCCGAAUUCGAGUCGUUCGAGCAAGUUCUCGUCACGAUUCCGGGCGCGAUCGUGCACUUGAUCGACAAGCACCGCAGCGUGGAGCUGGCGAGCGGCGAUUUCGAGGUGGUGCAGCUCCUGCAGGGCGGCAACGCGGUGGCGGCGCUGGCGCGCAUCGGGGAGGAGAUCCAGUGGCCGCUCGCGCGGGACGAGGCGGCGGUGAAGCUCGACGACUCGCACUACUUCUUCAGCCUCAGAGUCCCCGCCUCCGCCGACGGCGGCAACGGCGACGAUUUGCUGAAUUACGGAUUGACGAUUGCCGCGAAGGGGCAGGAGGGAAAGGUGAGGGAGCUGGACGCGGUGCUGGAGAAGUUCAGCGCGUUCAAGGUGGAGGAGGCGGCGGCGGGGGUGGAGCAGGGGUGGUGGGGGGCGGUGACGAGGGGGGUGUCGCCGGAGGAGAUGAAGGGGGAGAAAAAGGAGGAGGUGGAGAAGAGCGCCACCGCGUAUUGGACCACGCUGGCGCCGAAUGUGGAGGAGUACAGCGGGAGCGUGGCGAAGAUGAUCGCGGCGGGGUCGGGGCAGCUGGUGAGGGGGAUUUUGUGGUGUGGGGAUGUCACUGUGGAUAGGCUUAAAUGGGGGAAUGAGUUCUUGACUAAGAGGAUGGGGAAGGGCUGCAGCUCUGAAAUUAGCCCUCAGGCUAUGAGGAGGUUGAAGAGGGUGAAGCAGAUGACGAAGAGGUCGGAGAAAGUGGCGACGGGGCUGCUCUCCGGGGUAUUGAAGGUCUCUGGUUUCUUCACAAGCUCAGUUGUGAAUUCUAAGGUGGGCCAGAAGUUCUUCAGCCUACUUCCCGGAGAGAUCAUCCUUGCUUCCUUGGAUGGAUUCAAUAAAGUGUUUGAUGCCGUUGAGGUUUCUGGGAGGAAUGUGAUGUCGACUACAUCAGUGGUUACAACGAAGCUCGUCUCGCAAAAGUAAAACUUUUACAGUCUUAAGAUAAUAGAUUGUGUUGCAGAGAACUUAGAACUUUCAUGAUUAGUAAGAUAGAGUACAUGAUUUGAGUUUUUUUUUUUUAUUUUUUUUGUAGAUAUGGAGAGCAAGCGGGGGAAGCAACAAACAACGGGAUGGGGGCUGCAGGUCACGCCAUUGGCACAGCGUGGGCCGUGUUCAAAUUGAGGAAGGCUCUCAACCCGAAAAGCGCGUUUAGACCUACGGCCUUCGUCAAGGCUGCUGCCAAGGCCAAUGCUGGUAAGUUGAAGGAUGAACAGAAGAAAUGAUCGUUUUUGGGCAAAUCAACUUGCACAAAGCCUUUUGUAGUUUGUGGUUAGAAGAUAAAACGUGUUAUGUUUGCUUGAGAUGUCGUUUUAUCCCUCUCUCUCUCAGUCCCGGAUUUUGAAAAUUGUUUGGGCAUUGUUUUAUAUAUAUGAUGUGGUUUUACAUUACAAUGGACUCAUCUUUCUCAUCA